AUGCCUUCCUACUACAUCACCAACCCCAACGUUGGGAACAAGGAGUCAACCGAAGACUGGCGAAUUCGAGGCUACAACCCCCUCACACCCCCAGACCUGCUUCAACAUGAGAUACCUCAGACCGCCGAGAGCAAAUCCACGGUCCUCCAAGGCCGCUCAGACUGUGUCGCCGUUGUCCAAGACACGGAUGCCCUCCGCCGCCUCCUCGUGAUCAUCGGCCCCUGUAGCAUCCAUGACCCGGUCUCCGCCCUGGAAUACUGCGAUCGCUUACUCAAGAUGAAGGAGAAACACAAAGACGAACUAGUCAUUGUGAUGAGGUCCUACCUGGAAAAGCCGCGAACGACGGUGGGGUGGAAGGGCCUGAUCAACGACCCGGAGAUCGACGGCAGUUUCCUGAUCAACAAAGGAUUGAGGUUGUCCAGGCAGCUAUUCGUCGAUUUGACAUCGAAAGGAAUGCCGAUAGCCAGUGAGAUGCUGGAUACGAUCUCCCCCCAGUUCCUGGCCGAUCUACUAUCGAUCGGAGCUGUGGGUGCCAGGACGACAGAGAGUCAGUUACACAGGGAACUUGCGUCCGGUCUGAGUUUCCCCGUGGGUUUCAAGAAUGGCACGGACGGGACGCUCGGUGUGGCCAUCGAUGCGAUCGGUGCGGUGAAACAUCCCCAUCAUUUCCUGUCAGUGACCAAGCCUGGCGUUGUGGCGAUUGUCGGCACCGUGGGCAACGAGGACUGCUUUGUCAUUCUGAGGGGCGGAACCACGGGUACGAACUAUGAUGCCCAAUCGAUAAAGCACGCCAAAGAGAUGCUGCGGAAGAAGGGAUUGAGCGAGCGAGUCAUGGUGGAUUGCAGCCAUGGGAACAGCGAGAAGCAGCACAAGAACCAGCCCAAGGUCGCAAAGGCGUUGGCAGACCAGAUCGCCUCGGGAGAGGAGGCGAUAAUGGGGGUUAUGAUCGAGAGCCACAUCAAUGAAGGAAACCAAAAAGUGCCACCGGAGGGCAAGGCCGGGCUGAAAUACGGCGUCUCCAUCACCGAUGCAUGCAUAGGAUGGGAAGACACCGAGACCGUGCUGGAAACCCUUGCCGACGCCGUCAAACGACGGAGGGAGUUGCUGGGAAAGAAGGAGGUGGUCAAUGGAACCGCGGAUGCGCAGUCGAAUGGUCAGAACGGGCAUGCUUGA